AUGGGGAAGCUAUUAACAAAUUCGAAAUCCAUCAUUGUCCUCCAUUCAAAGCUCCUCUGUUUCUCUCUGCUCUAUCUCUUCAUUUCUCUCUUCCUUGCUCUCUACGCUAUUUCCUCUAAAUCCAAAUGCAUAUUAAGAUCAACCCCAUUUGAUUAUCCCAUUCAAGAUCGAAUCUUUUCUUACCCUUCUUCCUAUGGAGAACACAAGUAUGCUGUUUCAACCACACGUUCUAAAUGUUCUUCCCCAGUUAGCUUUUCAGAUUACCGAAAUGUUUUGGAGGAAAUUCAGCAUUUCCAAAUGAACUCUUCACCGGGUACAAGUUCAAGUUCAAGUUCUAUGGCGUAUAUGCAGGGGAAUGCUGAUAGUUUUGGUGGCAAUCUCAGCACACAUUUGAGGUUUUCUUAUUUCGAUCGUCGAAACGAUAGCAGGGAAGUUCCAUGUGGAUUCUUUAAGAGGUUUCCAAUUGGAGAUUCUGAUCGAAUAGCUAUGGAAAAAUGUUCAAGCGUAGUUGUAGUUUCAGCAAUCUUCAAUGACCAUGACAAAAUCCGGCAACCAAGGGGCCUUGGAUCCAAAACACUAGAAAAUGUGUGUUUUUUCAUGUUCAUAGAUGAUGUUACCCUGAAAGUGCUAGAACAUCAUGGAUUGAUUUCAAGAAAUUCCAGUGAACAUGUGAUAGGUGUGUGGAGGAUUGUAGUUGUUUUAAACGGUGAUUUAUAUUCGAACCCGGCAAUGAACGGGGUUAUACCAAAAUAUCUAGUUCAUAGGCUGUUCCCAAACUCAAAAUUCAGCAUUUGGAUAGAUGCAAAGCUGCAACUAAUGGUUGAUCCAUUGUUGUUGAUUCAUUCCCUUGUUGUAGCUGAGAAUGCAGACAUGGCUAUAUCGAAACACCCUUAUUUUGUGCAUACAAUAGAAGAAGCAAUGGCAACUGCAAGGUGGAGAAAAUGGUGGGAUAUCAAUGCCUUGAAGUUGCAAAUGGAGACAUACUGUGAAAAUGGAUUGAAACCAUGGAGCCCCAAGAAGCUUCCUUUUCUCUCAGAUGUACCAGACAGUGCUCUAAUACUGAGGAAGCAUGGACUUAGGAGCAACGUCUUCUCCUGUUUGAUAUUCAAUGAAUUGGAGGCAUUUAACCCAAGAGACCAAUUGGCAUUUGCAUUUGUUAGGGAUCACAUGAACCCAAAGAUAAAGCUCAACAUGUUUGAGGUUGAAGUAUUUGAGCAAGUGACAGUUGAAUACAGGCACAAUCUUAAGCCAAGUGAUCAUAUGACCACUCCCAAGAGUGCAAGAAAAAUUACCAAAAGGGCAAAAACAGAUUCUUUGUUGCAUGCAAAUGGCAACUGCUGCGGCAGUUGCCAACAUUAUCUUUCCGCAAUGUGGGGGUGA